AUGGCAUACUUACAGCUAUUGUUGCUGUAUUUUUUCGUGUCAACAGCUAGAGCCUUCUAUUUGCCAGGUGUAGCGCCUACCACCUACAAGGAAAACGAUGAAAUCCCAUUGCUCGUUAAUCAUCUAACUCCAUCAAUGUAUUAUCAACACAAAGAUGAGGAUGGUAACAAUGUUUCUGGAGAUAAAGAAAACUUCUUGUAUUCAUACGACUACUACUACAAUAGAUUUCAUUUUUGCCAGCCCAAAAAAGUCGAAAAGCAACCUGAAUCCUUGGGAUCCGUUAUAUUUGGUGAUCGAAUUUAUAAUUCCCCAUUCGAAUUGAAUAUGUUACAAGAAAAGGAGUGUGUUUCCUUGUGUCAAACUACUAUUCCCGGUAAUGAUGCUAAAUUCAUCAACAAGUUGAUCAAAAACGGCUUCUUCCAAAAUUGGCUUAUUGAUGGAUUACCGGCCGCAAGAAACGUUUUUGAUGGAAGAACUAAGACUAGCUUUUAUGGCGCUGGUUUCGAGCUUGGUUUUGUAGAAGUAGCCCAGGGAACAGACACUAAGGCUGCUCCAAAAGAGGAAGAAACCACCAAUCAAGGUGUAAAAUUGGAGACACGUGAUGAUCGUAACAUGGUGAAAACUUACGAGUUUCCUUACUUUGCCAAUCAUUUCGAUAUCAUGAUUGAAUAUCACAAUCGUGGUGAAGGUAACUAUCGUGUAGUUGGUGUGAUUGUUGAACCAGUAUCCAUAAAACGUUCCAGCCCAGGUACAUGUGAAACGAAUGGCAACCCAUUGAUUCUGGACGAGGAAAAUGAUAAUGAAGUUUAUUUUACUUAUUCCGUUAAAUUUAAUGAAUCAGCCACUUCUUGGGCUACCAGAUGGGACAAAUAUUUACACGUAUAUGAUCCUUCCAUUCAAUGGUUCUCUUUGAUCAACUUCUCUUUAGUUGUUGUCUUGUUGUCAUCUGUUGUCAUCCAUUCGCUAUUGCGCGCACUGAAAAGCGAUUUCGCACGUUACAAUGAAUUAAACUUGGAUGAUGAUUUCCAAGAAGAUUCAGGCUGGAAAUUGAACCAUGGUGAUGUUUUCCGUUCGCCAAGUCAAUCACUAACGCUUUCAAUUUUAGUCGGUUCAGGAGUUCAAUUAUUUUUGAUGGUGACUUGCAGUAUUUUCUUCGCUGCAUUGGGCUUCCUAUCUCCUAGUUCUAGAGGUUCGUUAGCCACUGUUAUGUUUAUCCUUUAUGCAUUAUUCGGGUUCGUCGGCUCUUAUACAUCUAUGGGUAUCUACAAAUUUUUUGAUGGGCCAUACUGGAAGGCAAAUUUGGUAUUGACCCCGCUUUUAGUUCCCGGUGCUAUUCUGCUAGUAAUUAUCGCGUUAAACUUUUUCUUGAUGUUUGCUCAUUCUUCUGGUGUUAUACCAGCAAGCACUCUGUUCUUUAUGGUCUUUUUAUGGUUUUUGUUCUCCAUCCCAUUAUCCUUUGCUGGUUCGUUGGUUGCCAGGAAGAGAUGUCACUGGGAUGAACAUCCAACCAAGACCAACCAAAUUGCAAGGCAGAUACCCUUCCAGCCUUGGUAUUUAAAAACUAUACCAGCUACCUUGAUUGCUGGUAUCUUUCCAUUUGGCUCCAUUGCCGUUGAGCUGUACUUCAUAUACACAAGUUUGUGGUUCAACAAGAUUUUCUACAUGUUUGGAUUUUUAUUCUUCUCUUUCCUUCUAUUAACUUUAACAACAUCACUCGUCACUAUUUUGAUCACUUAUCAUUCAUUAUGCCUAGAAAACUGGAAGUGGCAAUGGAGAGGAUUCAUCAUUGGAGGUGCCGGUUGUGCUUUGUACGUGUUCAUUCAUUCUAUUUUAUUCACCAAAUUUAAGUUGGGUGGAUUUACGACUAUUGUCUUGUACGUGGGGUACUCCUCAGUUAUUUCAUUACUGUGCUGUCUAGUAACGGGUUCAAUCGGUUUCAUUAGCAGUAUGCUCUUUAUUAGAAAAAUUUUCUCAUCCAUAAAAGUAGACUAA